UUAUAUUUUAAAUCAGAAAAUUAUGUGUUUCAUAUGGGCCUGCACCAAGUACUUGGCCCGUCGAAAUCCGAAGGUAUUCGUUCGAAUAUCCCAUCCGACCGCAGUACUAUUCGUAAUCGUGACCACUGUCUUUUUUGUGGUGCUGCAAAUGUUUUACGUGGUACCCCAAUUGUUUGAUGUCCACGGAUUGAUGUACAAGCUCGGCUGGCUAGUGGCUAUAUUUAUAACGUACAAUAUCUUUGGCAAUAUGCUGGCCUGUCAUAUCACAAGCACUUCGGUGGAGAGUCUGCCAAAGGAUCGGCAAUUUCCGAAGCCGGAAGAGGAGCACCUGUGGCAUUACUGCGAUGUUUGUGAAAAACUGAUGCCUCCAAGGUCCUGGCACUGUAUAUUGUGCAAGUGCUGCAUUCUGAAGCGGGACCACCACUGCAUUUUCACUGCCAGUUGCAUCGGACACAAUAAUCAGAGAUAUUUUUUUUGGUUCACCGUCUUCAUGGCGUUGGGAACUGGUGUGGCCUUGGCUACCCAUAUUAUUGCCACCCUAAAGUAUUUCCGCUAUUCGGACCUGAUAUUCCUAAAUUUUCCUAAGGAUAACUUACCACCAUUUUGGCUGGUCUUCACUCUUAUACUAAAUACUUACGUAUUUGCAGCCCCUGUAUCUUCGGUGCUUAUGCAAUUAUCUGUACUUCAAAAUAAUGUCACCUUGCACGACUUUUACAGUGAUACCUGUGAUUUGGGCUUGUGGAAGAAUUUCAAGCUGAUUUCGGGCGAGAAAGGCUUAUGGACUUUCCUCUCACCCACCGUUAAGAGUCCUUUGCCCCAUGAUGGUACCCAGUGGAAAACCAAACGGUACGACAUCAGCCAGUUUUAAAAAGGUUUUCAAAAUUGUACUUAUCAUUGUACUGGCAUAUUAACUAUAUUGAAAAUAACAUAAUCUAUCUCACCUUUUGUAU